GCCGCCUUCACGCUGCUCACCCUGGUCAGCGCAGCACCUCCUGUUGGCGAAAUGGAAAACCUACUACAAAAGCGAGCCGGCUCAUAUGAUGGAUGUUAUUCAUCAUCAACACCACUCGAGAGUAAAGGAGACUGGAUGUACCAGUCUUCGGGAUACUGCUCGGGACAAUGUUCAGGCUCUGCCGUCUUUGCCAUGAGCGGCAGCAAAGAGUGCUGGUGUGGAGAUCAACUACCGGCGGUGGCCGACAAAGUCGACGACACCAGUUGCAACCAACCUUGUGUCGGCUUUCCCGACGAUACAUGUGGCGGCAAUGGCUUCUACUCCGUCUACACCACAGGAGGCACUGUCGACCACUACGGCGGCGACAGCUCAUCGUCAUCAUCAGCAUCAUCAUCAUCAAGCUCGGCGGUCUCCACGCCAAAAAGCACACCGACCAGCGACCCACCCACAGUAGUCACCAGCAUGACCGGUGGCCAAACUGUUGUCGUCACAGUUCCCGCCAGCGCCAGGGCUACCGCCUCCGAGACCUCAAAACCUAGCAGCGGCGGCGGCCCCAACACUGCCGGCAUCGCGGCCGGUGUCGUUGUCGGAGUGGUUGCUAUUGCUGGUAUGGCCCUCGGAGGCUACUUCUUCAUGCGCCACAAGCGACGACGAGAGGCCGAGGAGGAUUUCAAGCAGCGAACGCACGUCGAUAACAUGAUGCGCGCCGGCAGCGAGAGAAAACCUCCAGGCACGAGCUAUAGUGGUAUGAGUGAUCAGAGGUUAGAUCCCGAGGCCGGAAGGAGGAAUAGUGUUGGCAGCUUGGCUGAUAACCAAGACUACUCGAGGAGAAUAUUGAGGGUGGCGAAUCCAAGCGACUAGUCGUCGCCCGAAUCUCCUCCCGAUAUACAUCCUCCACCCGAACCCACGACGACGACCACCACCGAUCAGUGGCGCGCAGAAGACCUUGCUGGCUACCACCAGACUCCUCUCCCACCACUUCCACCAACACGAUGCGCGCCGGAGAAGCCACAACGGAAACUCUCCAAGAAGCCCCCCGUCGACGGUUCUGGUGCAGGUGGAGGAGUAGGAGUUGGUGGAAGUCGAAGAAGAGUCUGCGACGUGCCAUUUUGAUGAGGACGGAGAUGUUCACCUGAAUGAGCUUGAGAAACUGUCAGAGGAGGAAGGAUGAUGUCUUCUUUACCCCUUUUCACCCUUUUACCCGAUACCAUAUGUGAACGAACGAUCGAGAUGCUGCUAUAGACAAGGACCAACGUAACACAGGAAACGCGAGUUUUUUUA